AACACGGGGACAGACUUCCUCGGCUCCAGAGCUGUCGGGAACGUGGGACAAUUUCUUUAAGAGUUUCCUUGGCAGGCAGCGCGCCUGACGUCAGCCCAGGGAGUGGAGAGGGAGGGAGAGAGAGAGAGAGGGAGGGGAGUUCAGCAUUGCCGAGGGAGACGCCAGAUUAUUUGUGCUGGAGCCGUGCUGCCGAAGAGGAGCUGAACGCCGGCUGUGGACACAGCAAUGCGCGCAGGACGCCCGAGACCAGACCGGAGCCUCGUCCGCUGAGUCGGGAGAGUGCGUGUCCGUGUCGUGAAAGUGGGAGACGCGACGCGCUGGUGGUGUUUAUCCACCUCCGGCCACAACCGCGGUGCCUCCAGCUCAGGUAGAGGUGGGAGCCGGAAGAACUCGCCAGUCAGGUUGAGCUGUUUGCGCUCCGGGCUCCCGGCGGCGCUUGAGCUUUGUUUUCUUGCGAGCGGAGGGAGGGAGGGAGGACAGCCAGCCCCGGACAGCCAACACCCCCCCGCCCCGGGCCGGGACAUCGCCAACAGGUCCCCGUCGCGCGUGAGAGCCGAGGACUCCAGCGGCCGGAGCCAUGGUGCCCGAGACCAGGAAGAAGGUCUUCAUCCUCGUGGAUGUGCUGUGCGUGGUGGCGGCCUCUCUGCCCUUCGUGAUCAUGACCAUCGUCUUCAGGCCCUUCCAGCGCGGCAUCUACUGCGACGAUGAGAGCAUCAAGUACCCCUUCAAGCCUGACACCAUCACACACGGCCUGCUGGCGGCAGUCACCAUCUCCUGCACCGUCAUCAUCAUCUCGUCAGGUGAGGCGUACCUGGUCUACACCAAGAAGAUCCACUCCAACUCGGACUUCAACCAGUACCUGUCGGCGCUCUACAAGGUCGUGGGCACCUUCCUGUUCGGGGCAGCUGUCAGCCAGUCUCUCACCGAGCUGGCCAAGUUCACCAUUGGCAGGCUGCGCCCCAACUUCCUGGCCGUGUGUGCCCCCAAAGUCUGCAAUGGGUACAUGCCUGAGAUCAACUGCACUGGGAAUCAUCACAAUGUCACUGAGUCCAGGCUGUCGUUCUAUUCGGGUCACUCCUCGUUUGGGAUGUACUGCAUGCUCUUCCUGGCGCUCUAUGUCCAGGCCCGGCUGGUGGCCAAGUGGGCCCGUCUGCUGCGCCCCACGAUCCAGUUCUUCCUGAUCGCGUUUGCGGUGUACGUGGGGUACACGCGCGUCUCCGACUACAAGCACCACUGGAGCGACGUGCUGGUGGGCCUCCUGCAGGGGGCGCUCAUCGCCAUUCUCAUUGUGCGCUACGUGUCCGAUUUCUUCAAGGUGCGCCCCCCAAGGUGUCCCCACGUGGAGACGGCCGAAAGCGAGGUUCUGGAGCGGAAGCCCAGCCUGCAGGUCGUGGACUCGGACCAGAACCACUACUCCUACCCUCUGUGAGGCCCCGGGUCGCACCCUUCAACAUGACCCCCCCCGAUCUGUCGGCAGGCAGGGAGCCCGCGCCGCCCACACCCCCCUCCCUUAGCCCGUCGUGCACCUGCUGGGACGCACCCCCAGUUCCGAGGGGGUCCCCAGCUGGACUCUGGCUCUGCUCAUCACUGCUGCUGCGGUCCCGCCUGGUUCUGACUCUGCUUCUGUCACGGCUUCUGGCUUCAGGGUCCAGUCUGUGCUGGGAGUUGAGUUGUGUUUUUUAAAAAGCCAGACGCCAGGUCAUCAACAGGAACCAUGGACAGAAACCAAAGAAGAAGACUCCCUGUCCCAAGCCCACAUCAAGGACACGGCCCGGAAUGAGACAGUGUUCAAGACGGAGGUGGCGUUGGGCUGGACCCAGAGCCUGCUGGGCGUGAAGGGGUGGGUGCGUGCCGAGACGGGUGCCCAGCGCGCGCGUGGCCGUACUGCCCCGCAUGCUGGUCCCUCCACUCCUGCAUGGUCCUGGAGAGCCCCUGGCCUGGUCUGCCAUCGGUCCGCUCAGCUAGCGCGUUAUUAAUUAUUGAUUUGCACCUGAAGGUGACCGAAAUUCAAAUUUUAACUGCAAAAUGAUCUUUAGAUUACUUAGUAAAGAAUUAGUAACCAAUGAUCUGCUUAACUGAUGACAGUAGUUCUGGAAUGGUUUCGAAAUGGCUGAUGGGAUGGUGAUCUUUAGAAUCCGGGGGACUGGGGCUCCCCGGGCUCCCCAGGACCAGUUCUGGAGACCACUUGUGUUGGAGCGUCUUGCCACCUGGGAGAGCUGGGAAAGGUGCCCAUGCGCAAGUGCAGGUUCUUGGCAUCUGUGCCAGGCUGCUGUGGGAAACCAGGCUAAUUCUUACCCAGCAGGAACCUCGGAAAAUAUUACUACCAUGUCCUCAUUCCCGGAGAAACUGGAAGUUUGUUGUUCCUGAGGGGAGAAACUGAACUUGCUGUGUGAAACGAAAAGCACAAAGGACACUUUUCUCCUGACGGUUCAGAAUGAACUCCCAGGUGAAAAGAGGGAAUUCUGGGCAAAACCCACUCUGUGGAGAGAGUGCAGAAAUGAUGAAUAUUAAUGAGCGCAGUGCAGAAUAUUCCCUGGUCCCACAUUUCCGUGUGCUGUCCAGCUAACCCGACCCCUGACCUGUCCUGGCAGUGCAAGCUAGGAUACUAUAAGCCAUUUUCCAUUGGGAAAAGUGACCCGGAAUUAGGAGCAAAACAGGGAUGAAGUCCUCCCUGAGUGCUUUCUCUCGCUCUCUCCCUGACUCGCCCAGGAUCGCUGGUGACUUUCAUCUUGAGCUGCUGUCCUGUGCAGCCUGAUGUUACUCAUCGGAGAAGAGGUUGAGUCAUUUCAUUUCACCCGGGCCAGUGUUGCUGGUGCACCCUGGUGCUUUUUGUGUGUAACACGGGGACAGAGUGAACAGUUUUAAGAGGCAGUGUGUUAAGGGAACACAAUAUGGAUUUUCUGGUUUUUAUUUUUUAGCACUAGGGGGAACCAUUUUCAUGAGUCUGAGAAUUUUCUAUUCAGUGUGAGACCGGGUAGGUCAUAAUAACAAUGCCUGGAAAAACUUUGUUCAUUUUUUUUUUUUGCUAUUAGAAAUGGGCCAAAGAACUGAACAAAACUAAUGCUAGUAAAUAUCUCAUUGUCAUUGUCGUACACUACUGUACAGGCCACUAUCGCCGCCCUGCUGGCCACUACGAGAAGUGCAAUUAUGCGCAAAUGUGUGUAAUUCUAAUUGUGAAUUUACAAUUAAGUGUACAUAUGUAUGUAUAUGUGCUGUGUAUAAGCAUAUACCUGUAUUCUUUUUUAAUGCUCUGUGUUUGUGUGAGAGCGUAUGCAGAAAGAGGCUUUCUCCACGUGCUGCUUGGAAUGUAACAGUUUUCUUCACGGCUCCAGAGUUUCAGAAGUUUCUCCUGUCCAGCUGGGUUUCUUCCUCAGCCGUUAUUCUGCCAGAGGAAGAGUUACCUCUCGCUCCACCCCUGCGGUCAGCAGAAGUCUCUUUUUAUUGCUCUUUGAUUAUUGUUUUUUUCUUGUGUUGUACACAAAUUGUUUCCCAGACAGUCUAAGGGACAUGUAGAAGAUUGUGUGUGUGUGUCCAUGUUUCUUAUUGGCUUGCCUGGAAUAGUGCCACCUACGGGCGUGACCAGGGUGUUUUUAGGAGGCUUCAGGACGAAGAGCUGGACUUUUUUACGAGUGUUUUUCCUGCGUGUUUUGAUGCGCCUGCACGCCACCGCUGGGCUGGGACUGGCUCCCUUCAGAAGAGACCUUCCAGGGCAGGCUGCAGCGCAGCUUGUCCGGCCGAGGAAAGGCCGGAGCGUCGCCGGACACCGGGAAGCAGGAUGCUGUUAAAAGGGACCGUUGUCAUGGCGAUCGCCUGCAGCUGCUUGCUCUGCACAGGGGCACCUGUGUUUCUGCAAGUCCCACUGGUGUGCAGGAGUCCCACUGCAUCACCGCUGCCAACAGAACCACUGGUUUGUUUGUGAACGGGAUAGGGGGUGACGUGUUUGUGUUCUUAAAGAUUGAAACUUAUUAAAAAGAAAAGCGUG